AUGGAAAGCCGCGAUAAGAGGUACCCGGCACCAUAUGUUGUCCCCGUCUUUGGACCCAUGCUUCGUAUCUAUGCCAAGAAGUUCGACCUGGAACCUCUACAGUGGCUUUUACCUGACACUUUGCCCCUGCUUCUCAGUCAAGAAAACAUGGACGGCAAUGAAAAAUUCAUGUACAACCCACACAGAGAGUGGGAAUUCAGGAACGCAAUUCUCCCUGUUGCGAAUGAAUUCUUUGACGGCACUGUUGGCCCUCUUAGGAAACCCAGCAUGCAGACGCUGGCAAUCAUGAUGCGAGGAUAUAUAAAGACACUGCACCGACCUUACGACUUGAUGUCUUUCUACACUUGGUUCAAAUCACGCUUAGAGGAGCGUGGGACUGAGAGGAAUUUGGCUCAACAGUUGGUCAAGGAACAGGGAAGCAUCGUCCACGAUACACUAAUUCUGGUCAUGUUGGAGCGAAAGGUUCUCCUCCGCCCAGCGCUGCAAGUAUUUGGAGAUAUGCUUCGCGAUUCGUUAAUCGCUAGGCCUCCGGAAGACGGUACACAGGAGGAAGUCUUGGACGAAAACUUUCCUGUCCACCCAUCACCGAAUUUAUUCACUUUCAGCAUUCUCCUCCAUGGGCUUCUCAUGCGAAGGGAGGUAAUGCUGGCAGAACAAGUUCGACAAGCUUUGCGAGAGCACAACCUGGAACCCAACAUUGUCACCUGGAACACGCUUGUUAAGGGCUAUGCCUCGAUGCAGGACCUGUCUCAGACAGUUGGCACACUGCAGGACCUCGAGGCCGCUGGAUACAAACCAGACAUGCACACAUUCAAGGCAUUUGCCAAGCUGAAAGACCAAACUCGGGCAUUAGAAAUGAUGGAAAAGAUCAUUGAUGAAAACAGAAAGAGGCUGGAAGAAGACCACCAGCCUCAGUAA